AUGAAGACAUCGUCUUGCAUGAUGUACUAUAAUCCUGCUCAUAAUUUGUCCUUGGCGGGAUCAGCCCAUGCAGUUGUAGCAACCACCCAUAACAGUACUGGUACUGCGCGCCUCAGGAAUACUAGGCUAUUAUUGACACAUGUUCAGAGACACUUGAAAUUAGUAUAUGCUUCAGAAUCUCAUGUCGGAAGGGAUUAUACAUAUAUUCUGAAAAAUAAAGGCAAUAUUAACAGUUCCUGUAAAGAGUUUUUGAUAGAGGAUUUUCAGAGACGAAGUCUCACCCCUACUUGGGAUACUUUAGAUAGGCGCUGGCCGGCGCAUAUUAUACAAGAACUCAUAAAUAAUGAAGCAAUAAUGUGUGAAAGCUCAAAAGGAGGAUUAUCAGGGAAUGUAAAUCCGUGUAAUUCUUUUAUACACAACAUACGGAACAUACAAAUCGUUAUGAUUACACAUAAUAAGGAAAUCCUACAAAAGAUUAGAUACAUAAAAGAGAGGGUUCUAACUACCCGAAUCAACAUUAUCAUAGAAUAUCAUAGAGAAUUAAGUGUGGCUGUCCAGGAGACUUUAUCAAUGAGAAAUAAAACAUUCAGCACCGAAGUAAAACAUCAAGCAAAAUAUCUCCUGGACCUCCAAAGGGAAAUGCGGAAAAUGCAUACGCUACAGCAGCGACUGAACGAAGGAAUCUUAGUAGGUAUCGCAAUAUUCAAAAUCCGGAAUCAUCAGCAAGAAUUCGGGAGAAUCCGUACUAUAAUCAUCAAGCAAUAA